AGUUGUGCUUCGAUUCUCCUAUAAUGUUUAUUCUCUGUUCUUAUUUAUACAGUUCGUAAAGAGACUUCAGUGAUAGUUUCAAGACUAAUAAUGUCUUGAUUGAUAAAAGUUCUCAGUAGCAUGGACAACUCUAGGAAUAUGCUAAUUCAGGUUAAAUAAUUUAAAUAGUAUAUUCUUCAAUCCGGUUCACACUUCUUAUUAUUAUAUUUGUUCUCAGAAAGGAUACGCAAUGAUUUUCAAAUUAUUAAUUGUGGCAAGUUUCUGCGGAGCAGGCUUAGCCACUUCAAAGUACAAAGAAGAUGAGAGAAUUGUGCCCAAGUUCCUAAUUAACUGGCUCAGUCCACAAUACGACAGAAACCAUCAGCGUGUAUUGGAGCUCAUAGCCAAGCUGUCGGGAUACAGCCACAAUAACUUCAAAACUCUUCAAAAAACUAAUCAGUGGCAACAGGUUAUUGAGAGGUUUCCGUGCAAUACGACAGGGUUCCGGUCGCCGGAGAGACCGACAAGUGUGCAUAGACUGAUGCCGGGGGACAUUGAUGUAGUGGGCUGCCUGGGAGACAGCCUCCUAUUGGCUACCGGGGGUCUUGGCACCAACGUCAUACACACCACCGUUGAUAGCAGGGGCAUUGCUUGGGCCUUGGGAGGUCAAGGCACUUGGCGAAACGUGUUGACUGUAGCUAACAUUCUGCGUGAGGUCAAUCCGAAUUUAGUCGGCUACUCUUAUGGUGACUCUACUACUCAUGCGCGAGCAGCGCAAUUUAAUGUGGCCGAAAUUGGCGCCAUAAGUGAGGAUCUUGUCUAUCAAGCCAGUCUCCUAGUUAAGAGAAUCAGAUCGGAUCCUAGGGUGGAUUUCGAGAACCACUGGAAGCUAGUGUUCAUUCAAAUCGGGAACAACGACUUAUGCUCGCAUAUGUGUUACAAAAAUGCAUCAAUUCAGGCCGAACUGCAUCGCAGAGAUCUCAUCGAUGUGUUCAAUUACUUGAGAGAAAAUUUGCCACGAGCACUCGUGGCUGUCGUUAUUAAUCCUCACCUCAAGGGGCUGCUUGAUUUUCCUACGAAGCCGGCCUGUUCCAUUUUCCAAAAAAUGGUGUGCUCCUGUUUCAGAGGAUUGAAGUUUACCAGAAGAAAAGAGGAAUUUUAUCAAGUGAUUGAUGACUGGAGAAGAGUUCAAUUGGAGGUGGCAUCUGACCCACAGUUUACAACAAAUACGUUUGCAGUUGUACCACUGAGAUUUGGUAUAGGUGCAUACAUACCAAAUAAAAAUGGAAAAAUCGAUUUCACUUAUAUGGCGGUUGAUUGUUUUCAUCUAAGUCAAAAAGGGAAUGCUGCAUUUGCGAAUGCUGCUUGGAAUAACCUGAUUCAACCAGUUCAAAAACAACAGACGACAAUUGUUUAUCCUGUGCUCGAACACUUCGAAUGCCCAACAAGCAGUAAUCCAUUCCUGUCAACACUGAUAAAUAAGAAUUAACUACCGUAUUAAUACCCUAGUGAACAAUAAGUUCAUGGAUUGUUGAAAAUUCAAAAUAAACUGUCACAUCUUGGCAAGUGAUACAUCAUGAAUAACUCGAAGGAUAAAUAGUGUAGGUUUCAUUGAUAAGUGAAUAUAUAAAAAUACUAGCAGCACUGUCAGGCCUCAUAUGAUAAUAAUUCAUGUGCAGUGCAGAGGUCACUCUGCUUCGAUACGUCAUCUGCUAAUGAUACGUCAACUCUGGUAAUGAUACGUCAUUACCAAAACUUCAGAGGUGACAAAAAGUUUGAAAAUAGAUAUGCAAGAUGUAACUCUAGCCAGUUAUUUCUACAGAGAUCUCCGAUUUGGUCAUUCCAGCACAGUUCACUGUGCAGCAUGAUAUCGAGCAGUCCAUGAACAAUAAAUGCUGAACAAUCCCAUUAAUUGGAUUUAUUAUUCAGCUGCCAAGACAACAGCUAUUCAGUUAUAGAGAAUCAAGGAGCAAUAAGUAGCUCGACGAUACCUUGUAGACUGAAGAAAGUUUCAUACUAUUGUAUAUAGGUAUAAAUGUAAUCGAACUUUAUUAUUAUUACUUUAUCAUGGAUUUUGCUUUUAAUGUCAAGUUAAAAAUUAUUCUGAUAGUUCCUAAAUAAAUUUAGAGAAAGUUUUUGUAGUUGAAGAAGACCAUUCAUAAGUUAAUCAGAAAUAAUAAUAUUAUUCAUAUUCAUUUUAUUCAUAUCUUCACAUGUAUUUUUCUUCCAUAUGAGAGUUGCUAAUAGAUCCAACCCCAUUACCGUCGGUCAUAAUGCCAAUGCCUGAAUGUGAAUGAAUCCCUCAUUCAGUAGUUGGAAUAUUGUAAAUUUCUCACAUACAGCUGUAAAUCAUUUCAAAAACCAUAUAACCAUUGCACCUAGAAUUCAUAAUUAUUCUGUAUUUAUUAUAUCAUCACACGUGAAUUAUUAUUCAUAAAUAACCCAUAAUUUAAUAGGCCUAAGUAAUUUAUUCUCGAUGGAUAUCAGUAGGUCAUUUAAAAUUCAGAUACAUACUAUUAUUGUUCUUCCCUAUAGCUUCUCCAAUAAAUUGAAAUCUGUAUUGACUUUUCCUAGAUAUAGUGAUUAAUAUUCAUUGUUAAUAUUAUGUCAUGAAUAUUUUUGUGUUUUCAUCAAAUGUUCCGAACCAACUGUAAAUAGUUUCCAACCUUGGUUAGAUACUAAGUGCCGGUUGUACAAAAGCUGGUUAGAUUUCAAUCAUGAUUAAUUUCAAGAGAACCAUUCAGAAAAACCUUUCUUUGAACAAUCCUUCUCUAAUAGGUUCUCUUGAAAUUAAUCACGAUUAAAAUUUAACGGCUUUUGAGCAACCUGGUCUGUAGACUCAGACAAUUGUACAAAAUAGAGCAUGCCCGAACAAUAAUAACCUAUAUACUAUAGUGUUUUAUCAACACGACCUGUAUGAAUAAGCCUGAAUAUUAGUAUAGCUAUAGCAAACAUAGUCAUUUUAUUGAGUAAUAUUAUUUUUUAUAAGUAAUUUAUAGAAAAUCAAUGUUUUGGAUGAUGAACGUUUCUCUUACUCUUUG